AUGGGGGACACUCCGCUCGCCUCGUUGUCCUUGACUCAUGUCCACUAUAACCCCGAGGACCAGUUGUCCUUCGUUUCAGCCUGGUUGGCUCUGAUUCCCCAGGCAUUGUGUGUUUCAUAUGCAACCUUGAUCUGGUCAACUAGAGAGGUGGAGGUAAUCCUCAUGUUUGUUGGCCAGAUGGCCUGUGAAGCUCUCAACUUUGUUCUUAAGCGUCUAAUUAAAGAAGAGCGACCGAAGGAAAUGUUUGGCAAGGGCUACGGCAUGCCCUCCUCGCACGCCCAGUUCAUGACCUUCUUUUCCGUCUACCUGACCUUCUUCCUCCUCUUCCGUCAUAGCCAAGCUUCCGCCAGCUCCUACCCCAACGUUGCCGUCCUUCUCCGUGUCCUGGUCAUGCUGGCCCUUUGCAUGGGAGCUGCCGGUGUUGCUGCCAGCCGUAUCUACCUCAACUACCAUACCCCGAGACAAGUCCUCGCUGGCUGUGCCGCCGGUUUCACAUGUGCUUGUGUCUGGUUCAUGUUCACCAGCGUGCUGCGAAGCUCCGGCUGGAUUGAAUGGGCCAUGGAACUUACCGUGUCUCGAUUUGUCAGGAUCCGUGAUCUCGUGGUACGUGAAGAUCUAGCCGAGGCCGGCUGGCAACGAUGGGAAGAUCGGAGAUUGAAGCGUCGCGGUAGUGACAAAAAGAAAGCCUAA